AUGUCCUCUCUGCAAUACCUUGAUAUCUCUUGCGAUUAUGCGUCCCUACUAACAUCAUCCUCCAUAAACUGGGUAAGAGACUUGACCAAUCUUAAGGUACUAAAGUUAAGAGGUUUUGAUUUAUAUGAAGCUGCAUCUACACAGAAGAAUUUUGUCAAAUCUAUAUCAUUUCUUUCCAAUCUCCGGCAUCUUGAACUUUCUAGGUGCAAUAUUUCACGUCCACUUUUCCUCAUGCAUGAGUUCUUUCAUCUUACCCGUCUAACGUCUCUCCAAAUGAGUGAGAAUAACCUUAACUUACAAUUUCCAAUUCUGCCUGCUAAUUUAACUUCAUCACUUUCUACACUUAACCUAUCUCAUUGUGGGCUAGAAGGUACGCUUAGUUAUCUUCCCUAUCUUCCUAAACUUAAAGAACUUGAUGUGACUUCUAAUCCUGAUCUAAAUGUCAAUCUUACAUUGUUGUUUGAACAUCAACUACCUGAACUCCAAACACUUGCAAUCAGUGAAACCAAAUUAAACGGAUCACUUCCAAGCUCAAUUAUAAAUGCACCUGUUCUGACGAGUCUUACCGCUUCUGGUUGCUUAAUACUACUACAGCUUCCUUCUUCAAUCUUCAAUCUUUCUCGCUUGCGGUAUCUGGAUCUUUCUGCCAACAGCAUCACAGGUUACCUCCCAGGUUCAUUCUCCAAUCUCAAAAACCUGCAGUUUCUUUCCUUAUCCUAUAAUAAUUUCCAAGGACCCAUCCCUGAAUCAAUAUGUGAAAUUUCUACUCUUCAAGUACUUGAUUUAGCGUAUAACAAUUUUAUGGGAACUAUACCAAGUUGUGUCAACAAGCUCCGAAACCUUAACCGCUUUGAUGUUUAUGGAAACUCUCUUGAGGGAAAUGUUUCGGUGAUCUCUUUGAUUAAUGAAUUAAACCUAAACAGCCUACACUUAAGUCCAAAUAGGCUAACCGCUGUAAUAGAUGAACAGCAGCAUGUAUCCAAGUUUAAACUAGACAAGUUGGGGCUACGAUCAUGCAACUUGAGAGGACUUAUCCCUGCUUUCAUUUGUGAUUUAACUCAACUAUCUACCUUGGACUUGUCUAAUAAAAAACUAUCAGGAGCUAUCCCUUCUUGUCUCUUUAAUCUCAAAAACCUCAGUUACUUGGAUCUCUCGCAAAACCAGCUCCAAACGACAUUACCGCACUUUCAGUUUAUGAAAUCGGAAUGGGAGACAAGCUUAAAUUUGUCUUACAACAACUUUCACGGUCCUUUUCCUCUUCCACCAGAAAGAGCUACUUUUGUUGAUCUGUCCCAUAAUAAUUUCAGUGGCGACAUCUCAAUAGACGUUGGGAAAUUUGUCAUUCCAUACUCUCUUGAUCUCUCCAGCAACAAUCUUUCCGGGGUUAUACCUUCUAGUAUUAAGUACUGCGGUGCUCUUAGAUCUUUAAACCUUGGCGGCAACAAUCUCUCAGGAAAUAUUCCAAAGAAGCUUGAACAAGCAGUAUUUCUAAUCUAUCUUCAACUGAACGACAACGGUUUUACCGGGUCUUUUCCAGGAUUUGUAGAAAAACUUUCACUUUUGAGAGUUCUCAACUUAGGGAGCAACAGGCUUGAAGGUAGAAUACCCAGUUUCAUCGGUACACUUAAAGAACUUCAAAUCCUUUCUUUGAGGUCAAACAAGUUCAAUGGGUCAAUCCCUGAAGAGAUUUGGUUUUUGCAUAAUCUGCAAAUAUUAGACUUGUCUAUAAACAAUCUCUCUGGCCCUGUUUCUAAGAAGGUGGGAAAGCUAAAGAAUCUAAGACGAAGGCCUACUAUUGAUGCAUAUUCUCUGGAGGAUUUUGGUAUUGAUCUGCAAUUGCAAAUGGUGGUAAAAGGAAUUAUGACACAGUUUGAGCAGUUAUACAUCUACAGUUCAGGAAUAGAUCUGUCAUGUAACAUUCUUGAUGGAAAUAUUUCAAAGGAGAUUGGUUUAUUAAAAGGACUUGCUAUGCUUAAUUUAUCCUAUAAUCAUUUCUCAGGUAAUAUCACUGAAAGUAUCGGAAACAUGACUGGUUUAGGGUCCUUGGAUUUGAGUUUCAACAAAUUGUCUGGAGAAAUCCCACAGCCGUUGACUUUUAUAGACCAUCUUGGGUAUUUGAACCUAUCUUACAAUAACUUGAGUGGUAGGAUCCCAAGAGGAGCUCAUUUUGAUACAUUAAGCGUCGAUGGUUCAGCUUACACCAACAACAGUUUGUUGUGUAGGUUCCCAACGCAGAACCUAUGCAACGGUGAUCGGAUUACUAAUACAACUGAUACCAACGCUCCCGAUACAGUCCAGGAAGAUGAUAAUAGGGAUUUUUAA